UUUUAACAGCUUUGGAUGGAGGACGCACGGUCACGUGCGGGAAGGACAGGGCGUAAUAGCACAGAGGAGGCCCAGAGGGAGGCGCUUGUCCCGGAGCAGAUAAGUGGACCAGUCCCAGGGAGGCUCUGGUGGGAGCUUGAGCUGGGAAGAGCGAAGCCCAUGGGGGCCUGUGCGCCUGCAGCCGGGCCUCGCCGACAGCGGAGCUGGGCUCUGCCCUGCACCAUGCUCCUGAUUCUCUUAGGUUCUCAGCUCCUGGUGGCUCGUGGCUGGAGUUCCCAAGAGAAAAGUGUCAGUGAUGACCAAAGAGUCAUAGAAAGUUACCUCCCAGCUACCGUGGAGUAUGCCUUACACGUGUUCAACCUGAAGAGCAAGGACGUGAAUGCCUACAGGCUGGUGCGCAUCCGGAAGUCCUGGAGGGAGCAGGACGAGAACACGAUGACGUUCUCCAUGGAGCUGGACCUUCGCAGAACCAGGUGUGGGAAAUUUGAUGAAGAUAUUGACAACUGCCCCUUUGAAGAAAGCUCGGAGCUGAAUAAUGUAAGACACACAUCUACUUCCCUCAGACCAUCCACUGCUUCUUCACCAUCAGCACUGAGCCCUGGAUUACAACCUUCCAUCUCCAGAAUGAGACUUGCCUGGAGGGGUUCCACUAAGUGAGACCACACCCUCUCCUGCCCUAAGACUGGCCUCCUUCUGGACUCCAGCAAUUCCCAGCAGGUGGCCCAUCGGUGGUUGAGCACACUGGGUUCUGUUCUCUUGAUUUGCAAGUGUCUGGAGUCUCACAGCUGGGCCAUGUGCAGACUCCUCCUUGUGCGUUUUCAUCGCGUAGAGUAGAUCAUUAAACAUCAGCAUCUCAA